GAAAGAAAGACAGCAACCAACCACUUGUUUGUACACGUUGCCUAGGCUAUCACCACUUGUUUGUUCCCGCGUCCACUCACCCCAUCACCGGAUUCGUGUUGGUUGCGCUGAUGGCCAUGGCCGCCCGCCUCCAGCUGCUCAUCAGCCCAGCGGCGCCUCCUCCUCCUCUGUCCACCCGGGCUUGGAGCAGGCGUCCAGUUCCAGUAAUGCAUCACCCCAUCUCCUCCUCCUAUCCUUCCCAAUCGUCCCCAUCAAUCACACCAGCAGCCAGCAGCAGCUCUUCAUCCUCCGGCUCCGGGCAAGGGCAAUCCAUCACCGGCAGCAGCAAGACGUCGCUGAAGCUGACGUACCUGGAGAUCAACGGCUGGGUGUGGGAGCUGCAGCAGCAAGGCCAAGCCCCUCUACGCAUCCUGGUGGAUCCCAUCGUCGUCGGCAACCUCGACUUCGGCGCGCCCUGGCUCUUCGACGGCGCCAAGAAGAACCCCAAAGUGAAGGCCCUCGGGGUGGACGACCUCUUGGCGCCGGAGAUGGAGCCGGACCUGCUGCUCAUCACGCAGAGCCUGGACGACCACUGCCACGUCCGGACGCUCACGCAGCUCUCCGCCAGGGCGCCCGACCUGCCCGUGGUCACCACCCCAAACGCGCAGCCCGUCCUGGCCUCCCUGCCCACGCCCUUCCGCCGCGUCACCUACCUCGAGCCCGGCCAGUCCACCGCCGUCAGCGACCACAUAGGGAUACUGGCCACUGCAGGCCCCGUGCUGGGGCCGCCGUGGCAGCGCCCCGAGAACGGCUACAUCCUCACCGCAGCCGGAGCCACUGGUGGCGAUGGUGACAGGAGGAGCAGGGGCCUCCUCUACUACGAGCCGCACUGCGUGUACGACAGGUCGUUCCUUGACAAGAACCGGCUGCGGGCGGACGUGGUGAUCACGCCCGUGGUGAAGCAGCUCCUUCCCGCCAACUUCACCCUCGUCUCCGGCCAGGAGGACGCCGUCGACCUCGCCAGGCUGCUGCAAGCCAGGUACGUGGUUCCCAUGAGCAACGGCGACGUGGACACCAAGGGACUCCUUGCCACCGUCCUCUCCACCCAGGGGACGACGCAGUCCUUCAAAGCCAUGCUGUCCGAGGCACUUCCUGAGGCUCAAGUCCUGGAUCCAACGCCCGGCGUACUGCUCCAACUGGAACUGGACAUGGACGUACAGAUUCAUCAAGCUCAAUUAAUUUAAGCUGCGGCUAGAUAACUGACCAUCCAAUUUUAAUUCACUACAUGAAUGAUAUAUGCCAAUUCUAAUUGGCUAUGUGUAGGUGCCAGUAGUGCAGUAUCUUACAUGAUAGAUGAUGUAUAUGGAUAUGGUGGAGCACAAUAUUCAAGGCGCCAUCCAUCCAGCUUAUCUUCGCCGGAGUCAUUGCCCACAUCACGUUA